AGAGUAGAUACCUAGCCACGUAAUGUGCGCCACAUCGAUUGACUGAGAGCCGAACAAUGCCCAUGUACAGACAAAAAUAGAUUUAUAACCAAAUAAGGUAGUCGUCGACGCGUAACACCCUUCAAAUCAAAUCAGUAUUAUAACAAUGUGAGAAUAGCGGUUAAGGGAUUUGGAUUGUUGGUAAGCAAAUCCAAUUUAGUCCAAUUUGAGUAAAGAAAUCGUAACAUACCGCAUGACAGGUGCACCAGGUAGGGUAUGUAUGUAUGUAUUACUGACGUUUACUACAGCACAUUGACUCCCAACUCAACCUCGAACUAACUGAUCAAGAUCCUGCAUUGAGUGGUAGUUACAUCAAGCUGAGAGAGGAAGCCAUUCGCUUUCUUCAUAGUCUAUCUAUCGGCAAGUAAGAAAAAAUGAUUAUCUUUACUGUAUAUUUCUCUAUACUUCUCCUUCAUCAAGGCUCAGCCGAAAAGGCCAGUAUCGUCAAAGAACGAGACGACAUGGAUAGGAGAGAGAUCCCUAAUGCUACUAAGCUGAUGGAACGAAUGCUUCAUCCAAACAACUAUGACAAAAAUGCCAGACCAAACGCUGGAAAGAAAGCUGUUGAAGUCUACUUGAGCAUAGGUGUCCAAGCCUUCACUAGUAUCAAGGAGACAAAUAUGGAAUUCACCACGUCAAUGUUUCUACGCCAGGAAUGGACUGAUCUCCGAUUGGCUCACGGAAUGGAUGGAACCUUAUCGCUCGGGGGCAAAGACGUGGAUAAGAUAUGGCGCCCAGAUACAUAUUUCAAUAACAAUAACGAUUAUGAACUCCACGCAGAAAACCAAUUGGCAUUAAUUUCCAAAUAUGGCGAAGUGUAUUUUAGUGCGAGGAUGUUAGUUAGUGCGUCUUGUCAAAUGUACCUUCAAAACUUCCCCAUGGAUGUGCAGAAAUGUUCGCUCGUCUUGGAAAGCUUUGCUUACACUAACGACCACGUGUCAUUUCACUGGAAGUGGUCCAAACCUAUCACCAUCUUCAACAAAGAGCUUGCCGAGUUUGAUAUGGACAAAUGGGAGAUAGUGGAGAUCAACCAAACCUAUGUUGCAGGACGUUACAGAAACUUAAAGGUGUCGUUCACCUUCAGGCGCCGCCUUGGUUUUUAUCUCAUCAACUUCUAUGUUCCUUGUGUUGUCAUGGUGAUGAUGAGUUGGAUAGUUUUUUGGAUGGACUGCGAUUCUAUUGGUGAGCGUAUCUCACUUGGGAUCACAACUAUUCUGACGAUUGUCUUUUUACUUGGGUCCAGUAACUCGACAAUGCCGCGCGUCAGCUACCCCAAGAUGAUAGACUGGUACCUAAUGGGAUCGUUUCUGUUUGUCUUCACUACACUUAUCAUGUGCCUGUUGAUAUUCAUGCUGAACCAAAUGUCAAGAAAAGAACGAGUGUCUCUGCCAUUGGAUCGACCACACCCAGUACUCACUCCCAACUCGACUGCCACAACACCAAUGACCUCUCCUGAAGACAUUUCCCAUUACAUAGCAGAUUGCCAAGGAGCAGUUUACCCGAUCAUGCGCAGUCGUCUUCACACUCAGCGCAAGAAAAAGACCCUGGUCAUGAACCCAAAGUUUUCCAAGAGCUUUUGCGGAUUCCCAAGUCACGUGACCAGGGGCAACAUGGGACUUGUGUGCAACCAGUUAUGUAGGAUCCUAUUUCCUGUCUCAUUCCUGGUCUUCAACGCUGCAUACUGGACAGUGCUGGCAUCCUGAAUAACUGCAUGAAGAUUGUUAGACAGACAGACAGACUGAUGUGAAGAACUCCAUAUUGAUGUGGGUUGGGUACCUAGUGAUGUAGAACCCUUUGACCAGAAUUAACAACUUCAAGGUGAUGGUUAGAGUUGGUCACACUGAUAUGUCCAACCUGGUUAGUGUUAUUAGGAAAGGCAACUGCAAGUAUAGUGAAGCAAGCUCUUCUCCUAAAAAUGUGCAUGCUCCAUUGUAUUGCGCCCUUCGUCCUAUUGAAAUGGGCUGGAUCGUAACAUUCAGCCGAGUCCUUGGGUGUUGCACACUUAGGGACUUGUAAAACAGAUUCAAAAAUCUAAGUUUACAGGUUCUUGUGGCUCAGUUUUCAUAACCAUGUUGAAUAACUAGUUAGAUAAGAAAAGCAAGAAAACAGUAGAAUAGAUAUAAUGAUAUAGAUUAAUAAUAAUAUAAUAGAUAAUAGAUAUGGAAAAAUGCAGAAAUGUAGCAUGGAAAGAAAAGUAAGGCUUAUAUUCUUCAUCCAUAAGGUAAUGGUAUUCUGAAUAACU